AUGUGGCUGACGCCUACGCAGAAUGCGUGUUCUGGAGAUUUGGAGCCAAGACCCGCCCUUCAUGGGUCGGAUGUUCAAGCACUUCCGGGGAUGCUCGAGAGGAGGCAACGCGCGACACUAGACUAUCAUCCCCAGGCCAAAAGCCAACAAGAGAGGGCCGUGCAAACGGUGAUCCACAGUGCUAAGGCGUACGUACAGACUGUGGACCAGAGUGACUGGGACGAGCUAGCCAAAACUGCAUGUGGGCGCUGA